AUCAGAGAGCAGCUGCAGUUUCGAGCGCUGCUGCGCUGGUGGUGUUUAAAAUCUCGGCCGUUUGUUCAACGCCGAGCCUGGCUUGUUAGCUUGCCGAGCUCUCUCUUCGACCCCGAGAAACACCCCUGAGCCAGGCAGAUUCGGUCGCCGUGCACUGCUGUAUUUCCUCGAGCAGAAAAGUCAUCCCGUUCACCAUGCCCACCCAAAACCGAAUCGUUAACUUCAAAAACAAGGGCAAAGAUCAGCAGGAGAUGCGCCGGCGAAGGAACGAAGUCAGCGUUGAACUACGCAAGCAGCGCAAGGACGACCAAAUCCUCAAAAGGCGAAAUGUCAGUUUCAGUGAGGACCCAGUCAGUCCCUUGCACGAACAGAACAAGGGAUCGUUUGCUUCUGUGGAGGAAAUGGUUGCAGGACUGACGAGCCCUGACCCAGAUGUGCAGCUGAUGGCUACGCAGUCUGUGCGCAAGAUGCUGUCUCGAGAACGACACCCACCCAUAGAUGCCAUGAUUCAGGCUGGAGUCGUACCUGUCCUUGUGUCGGCACUAGCCAAUGAUGCUUGUCCAACGCUGCAGUUUGAGGCAGCCUGGGCGUUGACCAACAUUGCAUCUGGAACGGCAGAGCAGACGGACACUCUGAUUCAAGCUGGUGCUGUGCCUCUGUUUGUGCGGCUGCUGGGCUCGCCCCAUGCCAAUGUGUGCGAGCAGGCCGUCUGGGCACUGGGAAACAUUGCGGGCGAUGGCCCCAACCUGAGAGACCUCGUGUUGCAAGCUGGCAUCCUCAAGCCCCUGCUGGCCCUUGCACGACCAGACGCCCCUGCACCAUUCAUCCGCAACGUUACAUGGUCCCUCUCCAACCUGUGCCGCAACAAGAAUCCUCCUCCACCCUUUGAAACCAUUCGUGAAUGCCUUCCCGCUCUGGCACAGCUCAUUCAUCACACUGACCGGGAAGUGAUGGGGGAUGCUUGCUGGGCCCUGUCGUACCUGACGGACGGUGCCAACGAGCAGAUCGAAGAAGUUGUGCAGCAGCCUGGUGUGGUGUCCCGCCUGGUGGAGUUGCUGGGCGGUGGCCAGCACCCAGUGUCUGUGGUGACCCCCGCCCUGCGUGCCCUGGGCAACAUAGUGACGGGCAGCGACGCACAGACGCAAGCAGUGAUUGACGCGGGUGCACUCGUGCCUCUGCGCGCUCUGCUGCGCCACCCCAAGGCAAACUUGCAAAAGGAGGCCGCCUGGGCGGUGUCCAACAUCACCGCGGGUACCGAACAGCAGAUUCAGGCUGUCGUCGACGCCGGCCUCAUUGAGCCUCUGAUUGAGGUUCUGGCCACAGGGGAUGCACGCAGCCAGAAGGAGGCAGUCUGGGCUGUCACCAACCUUACCUCGGGUGGCUCUCUCUCCCAGGCUGUGUACGCACUGCAAGCGGGUGUGCUGCAACCAGUCUGCGAUUUGCUCACCGUCCAAGACCCCAAGACACUGCUGGUAGCCCUGGACGCCAUUCGCAACCUCCUGGCUGCUGGUGAAAGGCUGAACGAGCGAGACCAUGUCUGCUCUAUGAUCGAGGAAGCUGGUGGCCUGGACAAGAUUGAGGCCCUACAACAUCAUGAGAAUACAGAGGUCUACCGUGCUUCUCUGUCCAUCAUUGAGGAGUUCUUCUCAGAUGAGUCUGAAGAUUACAGCCUGGCACCUGAAGGUGGCGGCGAUGCUUUCGCCUUCUCUGCACCGGCCCCAUCAGACCAAGGCUUUUCCUUUUGAGUGUUGUACAGCACCUCCGUGUACAGAUUGUUUAUAGCCUCAUUUUAAACACCACUUUGUUUUUCUGCUCCUUUUUUUUAAACUUUGUAUUAAAGCUGUGCAUGCCUGGAAAUGGCUUACAUGA